CGCGACGAAAGCUGUCGCGGUGAAUGUCGCCAGGCUUCCAUUUCCGAGGAUCCUAACAUACAUCGCACGUACAGCAUGGUCGUCAGCCUGCUUGCAUCGCCAACACACUAUCCGCCGGGCGCCGAGGGCAAACAGCGACUGUGCGCGCUGACGCAUCAGAUCAUAGAAGACACCAUCGUCUUUACCAUUGAACUCACGCAUGCACCUGAUAACCGUCUGGUCCCCGAGCUGCUCGGCGCCUAUAGCACAGCUCUUGACGACGCCGAGAGAAUUUGGCGUGCUGAUGUCGACGAGGAGCUAGAGGGUGGGCCCGGCAAAGGUCAAGCUGCUCUCAUCACAAUCGGGCUGCGCGACAAAGAUCGCUUUUUCUCCAACGGCCUCGACCUUGACAGGGUCAUGACGACAGAGGGCUUCUUCACAGAUCACUAUUAUCCAAUCGUCAAGCGGAUACUCACCUUUCCGAUGCCCACUAUUGCAGCCCUGAAUGGACACACUUUCGCUGGCGGACUGCUCAUCGCCAUGUGUCACGACUACCGCGUGGCCAAGAAUCUGGAGGGCAAAGGCCGCAUCAUGCUCGCGAUGAACGAAGUCGAUUUUGGCGCUCCCAUUCCGCAAGGCAUGAUCACGACGCUGCGUGCAAAGAUGACGCCGAACACGUUCAGAGACGUCUGCGUGCUAGGCACGCGAUUCUUUGCGCCAGAUGCACUCAGAGCGGGGCUCGUUGAUCAUCUCGCCGAAUCUGCAGACGAUUGCUACAGGAAAUCUGUCGAGCUCGCAACGAGGAUGGGUGUCAAGUCCGCCAAGUCUGCUGUCGGCAUGAUCAAGGUCGGCAUGUACCACCACGUCCUGGCAGACAUUGCUGCGGACCCAGGUAAUAACGAUCUCGGACCGGGAGGCGACAUUGCGCCAGCCUGGGAGCGGCUGGGCGAAGUGCCCAAGUGGCAGGAGCAAAAGGCCAAGCUCUAGAUCAUCAUCUGCAAAGAUUGUACAUGCUCAUGCAGUCUCGGUCUCUAUCGUGGUACCGCGAC